CUGCUUCCACUCCCAGCCGCACCGGGGCCCCAGGCUGUGCCUGUGUCAGGGCCAGGAGCUGGCAGGUUGCCCAGGUGGGCGGCGGGCAGCCGCCUGUCUCCCCCCUCCCCUUUCCCCCCUCAGUGAUGUCAGGCCAAGGGCGGGGGCAGGAGGGGGACAGGUAGUUAAGGGCCUGGCGUCUCCCUCCCUAAACCGGUGGCCCCAGCCAAGUGUUCCUAUGCCAGGGUCCAGAUGUCAUGGAGCUCGGUCUGUCUCCGCCUCAUCUCAGCAGCUCCCCAGAAGACCUGUACCUGGCCCCCGGGACCCCUCCUGGGACUCCCCCGCCUCCCUCUGCCCCUCUCCCCGGGGAGGUGAAGAGGUCCCAGCCUCUGCCCAUUCCAACCAGCAGGAAUCUCCUUCGAGAGGAGGAGCUGCGGGCAACCUCUCUACCCUCUAUCCCCAACCCCUUCCCUGAGCUCUGCAGUCCUCCUUCAAAGACCCCCAUUCUUGGGGGGUCCUCCGGUGCAAGGGGGCUGCUCCCUCGAGACACCAGCUGCCCCCAUGUGGUAAAGGUGUACAGUGAAGACGGGGCCUGCCGGUCCGUGGAGGUGGCGGCUGGUGCUACGGCCCGCUACGUGUGUGACAUGCUGGUCCAGCGGGCUCACGCCCUGAGUGAUGAAAACUGGGGGCUGGUGGAGUGCCACCCCCAUCUAGCGCUGGAGCGGGGCUUGGAGGACCAUGAGUCCGUGGUGGAAGUGCAGGCUGCCUGGCCCAUUGGUGGGGACAGCCGCUUUGUCUUCCGGAAGAACUUCGCCAAGUAUGAACUGUUUAAGAGCUCUCCACACUCCCUGUUCCCAGAAAAGAUGGUCUCCAGCUGUGUGGACACACAGACAGGCAUGUCCCACGAAGACCUCAUCCAGGACUUCCUGAACGCAGGCAGCUUCCCAGAGAUCCAGGGCUUUCUGCAGCUUCGGGGGUCAGGACGGAAGCUUUGGAAGCGCUGCUUCUGCUUCCUGCGCCGGUCUGGCCUCUACUACUCUACCAAGGGCACCUCCAAGGAUCCAAGGCACCUGCAGUACGUAGCAGACGUGAACGAGUCCAACGUAUAUGUGGUGACCCAGGGCCGCAAGCUCUAUGGGAUGCCCACCGACUUCGGCUUCUGUAUCAAGCCGAACAAGCUUCGAAACGGCCACAAGGGGCUUCGGGUCUUCUGCAGCGAGGACGAGCAGAGCCGCAGCUGCUGGUUAGCAGCUUUCCGCCUCUUCAAGUAUGGGGCACAGCUAUAUAAGAAUUAUCAGCAGGCACAGUCUCGCCACCUGCGUCCAUCCUGUGUGGGUUCUCCCCCUUUGAGGAGUGUCUCUGAUAACACCCUGGUGGCCAUGGACUUCUCUGGCCACGCUGGGCGUGUCAUCGAGAAUCCCUGGGAAGCUCUGAGUGCAGCCCUGGAGGAGGCCCAGGCCUGGAGGAAGAACCACCGUCUCAGCCUGCCCACCCCAGGCUCGGGCACGAGCCUCAGUGCAGCCAUCCACCGCACCCAGCCCUGGUUCCAUGGACGCAUUUCCCGAGAGGAGAGCCAGCGGCUCAUCGGGCAGCAGGGCCUGGUAGACGGCCUGUUCCUGGUCCGAGAGAGUCAGCGGAACCCACAGGGCUUUGUCCUCUCUUUGUGCCACCUGCAGAAGGUCAAACAUUAUCUUAUCCUCCCGCCACGGGGGACCUACGCCCUCGCGCCUCUCCCUGACGCGCCGUCCCGUCCGGCUGUCCCCCAGAGCGAGGAGGAAGGCCGCCUGUACUUCAGCAUGGACGACGGCCAGACUCGCUUCACGGACCUGCUGCAGCUCGUGGAGUUCCACCAGCUGAACCGCGGCAUCCUGCCCUGCUUGCUGCGCCACUGCUGCACGCGCGUGGCCCUCUGACGGCCGCACGGACUGCCCGAUGGUGGACUCGGAGGGCCCAGAAGCUUCUGGACAGGCUUGAGAGUCAGGGGAGGGUACCCUGACUCCACAGAGAGUUUUCUACUCUGUUCCUUUGCCUCUCCCUCAGGCAGAAAACCCCCCCCCCGCCCACCUCUCUCCUCAAGAAAAGGCAUUGGGGGUGGCCCUCCCCUCUGCGGAGCUCCCGAGCACUGCCCUGGGGUAGGGCAUUAUGGGAGAAAUGGGGGCAGCCCAGGUGGUCUUAUGCCCCACACUUUGUACAGACUGAGAGGCCAGUUGAUCUGCUUUGUUUUAUACGAGUGACAAUAAAGGUUAUUUUUUGAUACACCUGUGAGUUCUGUCUGGCAAGACCUGGCUCGCUGGAGUAGAGCAGGGGAGCGGGAGAGGGGGGCACCAGGCCCUGGUGAAUGUGUCGCAUGGGUCAGGGCCACGUGUCCUCCAGCCUGGAUGUUUCUUGAGGGCAGGGUGGUCUUGGUCAUCUGAGAGUCUCCAGGGUCCAGUAACUUCUUGGGUGAUGAAUGCGUGUAUAAGGGACUGUCAUCCAGGUGCCAUCGCCUGACAGGGCCUAAAGCUAUGGAAGGAACUCUAACAGGCCUGGGAGCGGGAGCAAGUCCCACAGCGCGUACCUUCUGCAAGCCCCGUGGGCCAACUGCUGGGAUGAGUCCUGACACACAUGCACAUGGCCCAGCACCUCUCCCAAG